AUGGGAGCCAAGUUUGGUUGUGGCCUGCUGUUGCCACUUCUUGCAUCAUCUGUGAACCUUCGAGCGUCUGUUGAAGGCCUUCAAAGCUCAUCUGACACUGCACCCAAAUGCGCUGCCUGGACUUGUUCUAGAGGGUAUGUGCCGAAGCCUGGGCGUGGCGCCAUCACGGGCGCUUCAGAUCAGGUAUGCUGCGACAAGACCUGCAGUCUCUUCAACUGCAGCAGUGGUUAUGUGGCAAACGAGGCUUAUGCCCACAACCUAGGCUUCUCAGACACGCAGUGCUGCGAUCGGGCUUGUGGAGCUGCAGAGUCGGCGGGCAUCUUCCAGUGCAAUGCCAGCCAAGCGGUCGGCAAUUCCUUGAAAGCAGGUGUUUCUGCAGAGAAGUGCUGUGACAACAUCUGCGACCUACACCAAUGCGGCCCUUUGUGGGCCCCGAAUCCGGAAGCGAAGACACUGCCGGGGAACACAGACGACAAGUGCUGCCUGCCCACUUGUGGACAGGUGAAGUGCGAUCCCGGUUACAUCUAUGACGAGCUCAUGAUAGAAAAGCCGGGCACCACGAAGGAGCAGUGCUGCGUGAAGUCGUGUGAGCUCUUUACUUGUGACGCUGCUCGCGGCUUUAGCAUUCCAAAAAAGAAGCAAUCUCAGAAGGCAACCACGGCGGACGACUGCUGUGAGCCUCAGUGUCGGCAUCAUGAAUGUGGUCCGGGCUGGCUCAAAGAUGUGAGCAAGGAUGAUCUCUUUGAGCCGACAGAUGAGACGUGCUGCCUGCAGCAGUGUGAAUCCGUUCACUGCCCAACAGAAUGGCGCCGCGACGAAGCCAACAAGGACAAGAUCAGCAGCUCGCAAGAUGUCUGCUGCCUUCCUCCGUGCUCGCUCCACUCCUGUGAUGCGGAUGCUGGCAUGGCCAACGUUGGCGACGCUGUGUUCGGAAGAACUGCUGAUCGCUGCUGCCAAACGACAUGCUCCAAGCAUCAAUGUCCGAUGGGCAUGACCGCCGCAGCAUCCAGAAUUGCAAGCUUUCCGGCAUCAGACGGCCUGUGCUGCGAGCCGAAAGGCUGCGAAGAAUUCCGAAAGCUCAAAAAGCUAGGAAAGGACGCGACAUGCAAUUCACUGUCGAAGGACGAGGCGGCAUGCACCUCCAGCUAUACAAGCUAUCCUUUGUCCGGCAAGAGCGCAUCGAUGACCUCCUGGGUCAAAUGCACAUACGACAAAGAAUCGCUCCUCUGUCGCCUAGACGACAAAGGCGGCAACGAACUGAAGGGAUGCGCCGACUGA